UCAGUUUUGAACAGCGUACAGGAAGUAAAUAUGAAACUAGUGGUUGCAGUGGGGAAAAUUAAUUAUAUUCACGAAUAAAAAUGGACCGGUUUUCGUGGUCUAAUGGACUUUUAGAAAUCAAUGAAACUUUAGUGAUCCAGCAGCGAGGUGUCAGACUAUAUGACGGUGAUGAUAAGGCAAAACUGGAUGUUGGAGUUGCCUUGUUGAGCACUCAUCGGUUGAUCUGGAGGGACACAAAAAAUCAUGAGUGCUGCAUAGCCAUGCCGCUCUCACAGAUCAUCUUCUUUGAGGAGCAGGCUGCUGGAAUAGGAAAGAGUGCUAAAAUAGUUAUCCACCUGCAUCCAUCACCUCCCAACAAGGAGCCCGGACCCUACCAGAACAGCAAGUACUCCUACAUCAAGUUGUCCUUCAAAGAACAUGGACAGAUUGAGUUUCACAGGAGACUAACCGAGGAGAUGACCCAGAAAAGGUGGGAGAAUACACCCGUUUCCCAACCCAUUCCUGCAGGAACUGGGCCUCAGGCAGGAAGGACUCGUGCGGUGGGGAUUGUUGGCAUUGAGAGGAAGAUAGAAGAGAAGAGGAAAGAAACAGACAAAAACAUAUCUGAGGCCUUUGAAGACCUCAGCAAGCUGAUGGUGAAGGCCAAAGAGAUGGUUGAGCUGUCCAGAUCCAUUGCCAACAAGAUCAAAGACAAGCAGGGAGACAUAACAGAGGAUGAGACAAUACGAUUUAAGUCCUACCUCCUCAGCAUGGGUAUUGCUAACCCUGUUACCAGAGAAACACAUGGAUCAGGUACACAUUAUCAUAUGCAGCUGGCUAAGCAACUGGGAGAUAUGCUGCAGGCACCUCUAGAGGAGCGUGGAGGGAUGAUGGCUCUCACAGAGGUGUAUUGUCUUGUCAACCGUGCUAGAGGGUUGGAGCUUUUAUCUCCAGAAGAUUUAUUAAAUGCUUGCAAAAUGUUUGAGUCACUGAAGCUUCCACUGAGGUUGCGUGUGUUUGACAGCGGCGUGAUGGUGGUCCAGCUGCAGUCUCACAGCGAAGAGGAAAUGAUAGCCUCAGCUUUGGACAAUGUGUCAGAGAAAGGCUCCCUGACAGCAGAGGAGUUUGCAAAGCUUCUGGGUCUUUCUGUUCUUCUGUCUAAGGAACGGUUGUUGCUGGCAGAGAAGAUGGGCCACCUGUGUAGAGAUGACUCUGUCGAGGGUUUGAGAUUCUACCCAAACCAGUUUUGACAUAAUUACAGUUAAUAUUGUUGAGAUAGAACUAUUCCACUCUGUUUCUGCAGAUAGAUGCAUUAAAAUAAUAAUCUGACAUGUGCAGCAGGGGGCCUGCUGUGCUUUCUACCCUCUAUCAGUACUAGUUGGUGUGUUGUUGGCGUAGUACCUUUUUUCCUCUCUUCUUUAACCUAGAUCUCAGAGUAAGACUUAUCCUCAGUGAUCAGGUUCCAUAAAUUUCUAAAUAGAGUGAAAAUACUGUACAGGAAGCAAACAGUUGUAGCCUUUAUCUGCCUGGCUGAGCAGCCAUUGUGUGGAUAGUAAUAAAUGAGAUUAGGAAUAUGCAUCUAAUGGUAUAUACGUAUACUAAACGUAUAUUAUCUUUAGUCAUUGUAAUGUCACCAGCAUAUACCUCUUUACAAAUGGUUCAAUCUCUUAUAAAAGGCUCACAGCUACCGAUGUCUGCAUUAGAUCAAGUUUCUGUAAAAUGUUUCUGUAAUAAAAGGUUAAGGA